AUGGAGGAGGGCAACCCUAGGUCUGAGGAUUCUACCCAGGACAUGGAGGAUGUGGAUACUAUUUUGAAUGUUGUUAGAAAUAGCUCUCUGGAAAUGUUUAAUUUCCAGAAGUGGGUGGUUGAUAAUAUUACCAACAUUCAGGAAAAACAGAGAGAGUUGGAGCUUAAAAUUGAUAAUUUGGGUACCGUGGGGCCCCUGGUACUGCAUAGGUCAUUGUCGCCUGCCCUGAACUCAGGCCCCACGCCAUCGUCUGCCAGUCUCCCUCGGCUUCCCGACAGCCCUGCCUUCCCAGUCCCCGCCGCCACAGGACACGUCGGCCCCUCGGCAUCCCGACGGCCUCGACCGACCCCGGCCUCGCCGCCUGCAGCUCCCCGGCCUCUACCACCUACAGCCCCUACUACUGCCACCUUUACGCUACGCCUCCUACGGCCCCACCGGCCUUCCUACCUGCGGCCCUUUCCCAACCUCUGUCGCCGCUACAACCCCCAGCCCGUCACCUGCACUACACCCACGCCCAACCGUCGCUUCGUCUGCAGCCUCCCUGUGCCACUCAUGCCCACUGGCCGCAACCGCUCAGCCACCGCUAGGCCACUACCCUUGCGGCGCCCACAAGCCACCACUGCCUGGCUCUAG